AUCCUUAUUAGCUACUUACUAUUAUCACCACAAUGGCAAUUGUUGUUGUAGAACGACGUUACAUGAUCGUGACCUUGCUCUUUGCUCUAACUUGUCAUUUCUCAAACUUAACUCAUUGCUUUAGCCCCAAGAAACUCAACGUUUCAGCCGUCACGACCAACGAUUCUGAUUGGUCUAUCGCUGCAGCUACGUUUUAUGGCGAGCCCAACGGAUACGGAAGCGACGCUGGAGCUUGUGGUUAUAGAACCGCUGUAGCACAACCUCCGUUUUCGAGCAUGGUAUCAGCCGGAGGUGCUUCGUUGUUUAAGUCAGGGAUAGGAUGUGGCGCAUGUUACCAGAUUAAAUGCACUUCGAACUCGGAGUGUUCGAAAGAUCCGGUUACGGUAGUGAUUACAGACGCAUGUCUUGAUUGCUAUAGAGAAUCGGUCCAUUUCGAUUUGAGUGAUACAGCGUUUGGGGCCAUGGCGAUUUCUGGUCAAGGUAGUCAGCUUCGCAAUGCCGGUGUUUUGGAGAUUCUUUACAAAAAAGUUGAGUGCAACUUUGCUGGUGAAACGGUAACGUUUCGAGUGGAAGAAGGUUCAAACGACCACUACUUCGCGGCUUUGGUUGCGUAUGGAGACGGAGAAAUUGGCCAAGUCGAAAUCAAACAAGCUCUAGAUUCUGAUACGUGGAUGUCUAUGAGCCACUUAUGGGGCGCUGUGUGGAAGCUUCAAGUGUCGUCACCUUUGCGGGCACCGCUGUCUCUCCGAGUGACUUCGCUGGAGUCCGGCCAGACUGUUGUGGCUACCGAUGUCAUUCCUGUCGGCUGGCAACCCGGUGCGAAGUACAAAUCGAACGUGAACUUCCAAGUGUAGCAGCUGGAACCAAAGUUACUUAUCUAGAGUAUAAAUGAUAUAUCUCUUACUACUUAUAAAACAAAAUUAAAAUGAUUAUCUCUUACUCUUACCACUUUCAAAUAA